CGGGCUGUGCGGGCUUGGGGCGCUGAGAUGCGGCUGCUGGUGCCGGAGCCCGGGACCAGUUUUAAGCGCGCGCGCUAGCGGGGCACGGCGAGGGGUGGCCAGGCGGUGGCGACAGGUUUUCCUGGGCGGGCGCGCGAUGCAGCGGGCAGCGGCACUGGUCCGGCUGGGCUGUUGCCCCCGGACUCCAGGCCCGUGGGGCCGUAGUCAGAGCAGCGCGGCCGCCGAGGCCUCCGCGGUGCUCAAGGUGCGACCGGAGCGGAGCCGGCGCGAGCGCAUCCUUACGCUCGAGUCCAUGAACCCGCAGGUGAAGGCUGUGGAGUACGCGGUGCGGGGACCCAUCGUGCUCAAGGCGGGUGAGAUAGAGCUCGAGCUGCAGCGGGGUAUCAAGAAACCAUUCACUGAGGUCAUCCGUGCCAACAUUGGGGAUGCCCAGGCCAUGGGCCAGCAGCCAAUAACCUUCCUCCGACAGGUGAUGGCACUCUGUACCUACCCAAACCUGUUGGACAGCCCCAGCUUCCCAGAAGAUGCUAAGAAACGAGCCCGGAGGAUCCUACAGGCUUGUGGCGGAAACAGCCUGGGCUCUUACAGUGCUAGCCAGGGUGUCAAUUGCAUCCGUGAAGACGUGGCUGCCUACAUUACCAGGAGAGAUGGCGGUGUGCCUGCAGACCCAGACAACAUUUACCUGACCACUGGUGCCAGUGACGGCAUUUCUACAAUCCUGAAGAUCCUGGUCUCCGGGGGCGGCAAGUCACGGACCGGCGUCAUGAUCCCCAUCCCACAGUACCCCCUCUACUCGGCCGUCAUUUCUGAGCUCGAUGCCAUCCAGGUGAACUAUUACCUGGAUGAGGAGAACUGCUGGGCCCUAAAUGUGAAUGAGCUCCGGCGGGCUGUGCAGGAGGCCAAAGACCACUGUGACCCCAAGGUGCUGUGCAUCAUCAACCCUGGGAACCCCACAGGUCAGGUCCAAAGCAGAAAGUGCAUAGAAGAUGUGAUUCACUUUGCCUGGGAAGAGAAGCUCUUUCUUCUGGCUGAUGAGGUGUACCAGGACAAUGUGUACUCUCCGGACUGCAAAUUCCACUCCUUUAAGAAGGUGCUUUAUGAGAUGGGGCCUGAGUACUCCAGCAACGUGGAGCUCGCCUCCUUCCACUCUACCUCCAAGGGCUACAUGGGCGAGUGUGGCUACCGAGGAGGCUACAUGGAGGUGAUCAACCUGCACCCUGAGAUCAAAGGCCAGCUGGUGAAGCUGCUCUCUGUGCGACUGUGCCCGCCCGUGUCCGGGCAGGCUGCCAUGGACAUCGUUGUGAACCCCCCAGUGCCUGGAGAGGAGUCCUUUGAGCUGUUCCACAGGGAGAAAGAGUCUGUCCUGGGUAAUCUGGCCAAAAAGGCUAAGCUGACAGAAGACCUGUUUAACCAAGUCCCAGGAAUUCACUGCAACCCCUUGCAGGGAGCUAUGUAUGCCUUUCCUCGGAUCUUCAUCCCCAGCAAAGCCGUGGAAGCAGCUCAGGCCCAUAAAAUGGCCCCCGACAUGUUCUACUGCAUGAAGCUCCUUGAGGAGACUGGCAUCUGUGUUGUACCUGGCAGCGGCUUCGGGCAGAGGGAAGGCACCUACCACUUCAGAAUGACCAUCCUCCCUCCGGUGGAGAAGCUGAAAACAGUUCUACAGAAGGUGAAGGACUUUCACAUAAAGUUCCUGGAGAAGUACGCAUGAGGAUUGCUCGGGCCCAAAGGGAGACACAGUUGUCAGGCCUUCCUCCUGAUGGCCCGCCCACACCAGACUGAACUUGCCUUCCCCAGCAACUCUGCCUCAGGCCUCACAAAGGCCACUGGUGGCUUUUGUUGUCAUUUUGCCCCAAGAGACUUCUUUCUUUGUGCCUUGAUGUUGGGAGCACUUCUCUUCUGAGCAAAUGUGAAUUGGGGAUAUCUCAGAAGCCCUGUUUUUGUUUGUUUGUUUGUUUUUUGUUUUUUUAAGCAACCAAAGUAGAGGGGACUUGCUCAGCACAUGUGGCCGGUGUUCUCUGAAUCCAUUAUUGUGCUAUUGGAGAGGCUAUUUGGGGUUUAAAACAACCAGGGUAUGUAUGUUGGGUGAGAUGUUUCAGAUCUGAAGAAACACGAAGGUGCUGGGAAAUGUAUGAUAACCAUGGCAAGAAGUGGAAAUCCUAAACUCACCACCGUGAUCUGUGAAAUAAAACCAUUAGCGGUGUGAAAAUCUAGUUCUUCAAACAGGAGAGCCUGGAAGUCUACUAGAGGCUCAGAGAGGGCCCACCAUUCUGGCUUGUAGGCAGACAGCCUAUCUCUCAGACAAGAAUGGUGAAAGCAGUAGCACGUGGGUUGGACUAGAUGCCAGGCUAGGUUGUGACAGGUACGGGGGGCAAUGGCCAAGUCAAAGCGUUCUGCAGGGGAAGAGUGGGUGCAAGCCAGGCUCCAAGUUGAACCAGGUCUCCACUUGGGAGUGCACAUCAGGUAGUGAGGACUCUGCAACAGGUAAUUGAGCAACAGGUAAUGAGGGCUUUGGGGGUGAAACGUUCCCUUAAGCAUGCUUAGGUUGGGACCCCCAUCUGGGAGGUCUUCCUGGACUUCAGGGACACAGGGUACAGCCUGUCCCAGUCGCAUGGAGGCAUUCUGCCUGCUGAUGUGUGGAUCCAUCCUGCCCUUAGCCAAUAGCUGUUUUCUACCAAGGGCUUGAUUUCCACACAUCGCCCUCUGUUGGUGACAGCAGGGACAAGGAAACACUGAAGAUGUCCACAAAUGAGGGAGGGGCAUCCUCAAGGACUUGACCAAUCAAGCCCAACCAAUCCCCUCCUGUAGUGUGUGUUGUUUCAAAUCAAAUUCAGUCCAUUUCCUAGCUGAUAACUGGUCAAAGUGCCUGGUAGCUUGGCUGCUGUGGGCGAGUACAUGUAAUUGGAUUCGAAGUUUAUAAAAGUAUUUUAACUUAAUGCCAAGCAUUUUGCCUCACUUUGCUGCUGGCUCCCCUCCCAGACUCUGCAGACUGUGCUGUAGCAUCAGUCAUGUCUCCAGCCAGGGGAGUAUCCUCCAUCAGGCCUGCUGCUUCCCUGGCAUUAGCAAACCUGGGUCAGGGCCUGACCCACACUUUGAAAACAAGUGGGUGCCAUGGGAGCAGUAGGCUUAUCUGAGAGCCCCUUCAUUAAGAGACCCUUCCUACCAUUGGCCUUCCCCAGUGGGCAGUGAGGGAAGCCAAGGCCAGCUAUAGAGCCUGGGGGCCCAGCAAGUCCCAAAUUGGAAUCAAAGGAGCUGGAGAGACAAAAAUGAAGAGAAGUGAACUUUGAAGGCAGCCUCCUAUGCUGUAAUUUCCACGCUUGGGCCCGUGCAGGGGAAUAUGAUAGAACACUACAGACUGCCCCUACUUGCUAACAUUACAGUUCCUGUGAAGAAAGUAGCCACAAUCUACAGUAACAAAGGGAAUGUUUGGGAACUUUUCCUUCCUUAAAAAUUGAGAAAAUUGCACUUGUGCUUGUUGGAUGGCACAUCAACCAGAAUGUGUCCCAGAGUUGUGAGGUUUCUGGUGGAGAGGUUACAUAGUAGAAGCUAGUCUAUUUUUUAUAUUUUUGUAACAAUUGCUUUUUUCAUGAGGGGAUGAGGGGUUAGUAUUUGUAGUCUUAACGAGUCUAGUAGUUUUUUAUAAAUCUCUUCAGAUUAUAAAUAACAUAAAAACUUUGCAACGUUUACAUGAUUUUUUAAAAGACGCUGUAUGCACUUGGUUUGCUUUUAAAAUAAAAAUGUAAUAGGUCAGCUGGUUUAGGAGGUUAACUUCAUUCAGGGUAGGAUUGCUGAUCAUGAUAGAUUUGAUUUUUUACAGACUUUAUUCUGGCAUCUUGUUUGGGUACCGCCAGAGAAAGUCAUUUGUCAUUUGGGGUCGCACUUAAAUCUACACCUGCAAAGUUUUUUGUUGUUCAUCUAGGUCCGCACAUGGGGAAUGCCAGACUGUACCUCUGGUGGUUGAUCACCUCAUACCCUGAGGCCCAGCAUGUUGCUGUCCCAGUGUUGUGUGAUUUUGCAGGAAGAGCUGACAGGCCUGCCUGUCCCUGUUUCCCAAUUUAGAUUCUCAUAGGCAUCUCCUGACAAAGGUACUUAAUGAUAGCUCUGCUGGAAAUUUCUAAACAAUAAAAUACAUGUCCAAAAUGGUGAUGGUGUUUAACUUUCCUUGUAGUUUAAAAGUCAAACAGAUACCACUAAUUAUACAUCUUCACUCUUUGUAAUUUAAUGGUCCUAGCACUAGAAUGAACAUUUUCCUCAAAUGCUACAAACUUCUCUCACCAUUUCUCAGCUUCCGUUUCCUUUUAGGUGUCAACCCUCAGGACCCUGAGCUGCUUUUUGUUGCUUGAGGUAGGAAAACAUAGAUUCUUGAAAUGGGAUGUUGUUAAAAUGAAUACAGACCUUGUCUGUCUGGUGGAAUCAGAAUGAACAUCCUCUUCACAGUGGUCAGGAGAAGCUCGAGAAGCACAGCAAGGUCAGUGGGGGAAAGGAGUCAUUGAUACAAGGGAUUUCAU